AUGGAUUAAAAAUCUAAAAUGCUAUCCUAGAAGUUAUUUUGCUAGACUAUUUAAAAAAUGUAAUAGGAUAAUUAAAUUAAAUUACUUAGUUAUAAAUAAAAAUUAUUAUAUUUAAAAAGUGUAAAUAUAUAUUAUUAAUUUAAGCUAAAAUAUGUAUUCAUUUUUAUGUUUAAAUUUUAAAUUCAAGUUGUACGAAAAAUAAAAUCUUAGACAGAUAUAAUUAAUACAGAUAUUAAGUCUACAAAGAUUAUUAAUUUAAAAAAUAUAAUUCAAGAAUUUGUAUUCUAAGAAGAAUUGAAAAUAUCAAAUUAUGAUGUUAUUUAAUUUUAUAAUUAAUUAAUCAUUCAGAUAAUUUGUUUACUUUUAAUCAUUUUAGUACCUUCAGAAAAUAUUCAAAAACAGUUUAUUUUUAGUUCUUUUUUGUAAUGCUUUUAGAAAAAUCCAUAAGUCCAUUAUAAAUUGUGUUAAUUUAUUAUUUUUUUAUCAAAUUUAUAACUGAUUAGUAGCCUUCUAAUUUCUUUUCUUUAAAAGUAGUAUAAAAGAUCUUUCUUGAAAGUAAAGAAGCACUUAGCCAUUAAAUAAUCAACUUUAAUUACGGGUCACCUUUAAAAACACCACAUCCCCAAUUUCCAGUUAUGA